UCUGCCAUCUUCAACUUUCAGAGUCUACUGACUGUAGUCUUGCUGCUUAUAUGUACCUGUGCCUAUAUCAGAUCCUUGGCUCCCAGCUUACUGGACAAAAAUAAAACUGGACUACUGGGAAUAUUCUGGAAGUGCGCCAGGAUUGGUGAACGGAAGAGUCCUUAUGUGGCUGUGUGCUGUGUCAUGAUGGCCUUCAGCAUUCUGUUUCUGCAAUAG